AGCAGCAAAAGCUACACAGAUUUGAGUGAGUACAAAAAAGAAGGAUGUCUUCUACAUCUAGUCACACUGACACUGAUGCUGACUUUGAUACAGGUGUAGACAAUGUUGAAAAUGAUGCAGAGCUGUGUACAAAAUCUUCACAGACUGAAGUUACAUUGGAAAAAUUGCAGCAAGAAAUUUUUAGUCUCCAAAAGGAAAAAGAAGGCAUUAAAAAAGAGUUAUCUGCAGCUAGGGUGGAAUUAUUAGAACUUAAGAAUGAUGUGGUUCAACCUUUAGAAAAUGCUUCAAGCACCAAAUUUUCUUAUGAUACUGUGGUUGCUGAAAAUAUGUUGAAUUUUUAUACUGGGAUUACCACGCCUGCUUUAUUUGAAUGGUUUCUGUCAUUUUUUGUUAGAAAAGUGAGAUAUUUUAGCGAGAAACUUUCUCAUAAUGAUCAUUUGUUGCUGGUGCUUAUGAAGCUAAAACUGGGUCUAUUAAACAAAGAUUUAGCUUAUCGUUUUGGCUUGAGCGAGACAGUAGCUUCUCGAAUAUAUCGUAGAUGGGUCCCUAUCACAUCUAGAGAGACAUGCCAUUUAAUAAUAUGGCCUGAUAGAGAAGCCUUGCGACGUCAUUUGCCAAACAGCUUUAAAAAAAAUUUUCAGAAUUGUACAUGCAUAAUUGACUGCACUGAAAUUUUUGCUGAACGACCAUAUAAUAUAAUGCACGUGCACAAACAUGGUCCAACUACAAAAAUACUUGCACAAUGAAAUAUCUUAUCAGAAUAACACCAGCUGGGGCUGUUAGCUUUUUGUCACGUGGUUAUGGUGGUCGAAUUUCUGAUAAGGAAAUAACAACACAAAGUGGAUUUCUUGAUAAGUUGCAGCAUGUCGAUUGUAUACUGGCUGAUUGUGGUUUUACGAUAGCACAAGAUCUUGCUACUAGGGGUGCUUACUUGAAAAUACCUAAAUUUGCAUGUGGGAAAGCACAAAUGAGUGCAAGUGAUGUGGCGAUAUCCCGGAAAAUUUCCAAUGUUCGUAUACAUGUAGAACGUGUUAUUGGAAGACUUCGAAAGUUUCGUAUCCUGCAGUCAAUUAUUCCAAUAUCGCAAAUUGACUUAAUAGAUUCUGUUAUGUCAGUUAUAUGUGUGUUAGUAAACAUUAACAAAAGUGUUGUUGCACAAUAGGUUCUUUAUUGUAAUGUUUUUUUGUUUUUGCAUGUUUCGCAAAACCAUUUUCCAGAAGGUGCACGGAGUAAAUUUACACAGCAAUAAUGAUACCAUUCUAUUGCACAAUUUUUGCCAUCGCAUGCAAUCAUUGGUAGGAAGCUUGGUCUUUUGCAAAUACAAUACAGCUUUUCUGUCUUGUUA